AUGUUUAAAAACAUUUACUUAAAAUACUUGAUAAUAUUUUUAGUGACUAUAAUUAGUAUACACUUGAUUCUUUCUUAUUUUGAGAAAAGUUUAGAUUUUACAAUACCCUGGAGAUCCAACGACAACAACAAUUAUAGUGAUAUUGUAAAAGAUCAACCAAUUUCAUAUAAAGAUGUUGUUAAAUCAAAAACUACCACCAUUACUAAAACUUCAAUGUUAGUUGAAACAGUGACUUUAGACGUUGAAAUUCCACAAACUACCAUUAUUACUACUACACAACAACCAAAAGAACAACCUAUAAUGCGUAAAGCAAAGGCUGUUUUUCUUGUUUAUUUAGGACAUGAAAAUACUAAAAGAAUGGGAACUACAUUGGCACAGCUUGAAAAUAGAUUUAAUCAUAAAUAUCAAUAUCCUUAUGUAUUUUUAAGUGACAAGGAGAUAUCAGAUGAUUUUAAAAAUUAUAUAAGUGGACUAACUAAAGCAAAGUGUGAAUAUGGAACAAUUCCUGAGGAACAGUGGGGAACACCAUCCAAUAUUGAUUUGGAAUUGUUUGAUGAAAAAAGGAAAGAGUUGGAAGGAAAGGAUGUACUAUUAGGUGGAAGUUUGACAUAUCGAUACUCGAACAGAUUUUUAUCUGGAUUCUUUCAAAAUCACGACUUAUUAAAAAAGUACGAUUACUAUUGGCGUGUUGAAGCUGGAUUUACCAUUUCUUUGUAUGAAUAUAAAGAAACAGUUCCAACACUUUGGAAUAGCGUGAAAGAAUUCAUGACCUUAAAUCCUGAAUAUGUUAAAGACGAUAAUUGGAUGGAAUUUUUUUCAAAUGAUAAUGGUGAAACUUAUAAUUUAUGCCAUUUCUGGACAAAUUUUGAAAUAGUUGAUCUAAAAUUAUUCAGAAGUGAAGCAUACACUAAAUUCUUUGAAUUUCUUGAUGAAAAAGGUGGAUUUUUUUAUGAGAGAUGGUCAGAAGCACCAAUUCAUUCAUUGGCAGCAGCUUUAUUUUUAAAUAAAAAUGAAAUACAUUUCUUUAAUGAUAUCGGCUAUAAGCAAGAACCAUUUACCCAUUGUCCAACUGAACAAGGAUUACUUGCUAAAUGUAGUUGUGAUCCUUACGAUUCUUUUGAUUUCCAUAGUUAUAGUUGCGCUCCAAGGUGGCUUGAAUUAAUUAAUAAAUAUGAUAUUAAGUAUCCACCAAAAUAG